AUGGGCUCUAUCACUGUUGGGAUUGCUGGCAUCACGGGCAAGUUUGCCCGUUGUGUUGUGGGUCACCUCUUAAAGCAGCCGAACAUCACCAUUAAGGGAUACUGUCGCGACUCAAAAAAACUUCCACCUGGUCUCCUUGCUUCAGAGAGAAUCACCAUCACUCAAGGCCAAUCAGACGACAACGGUGCUUUGCGCACCUUUGCCAGAGGCAGCGAUGUGGUUGUUUGCUGCUAUUUGGGCGACCAUAAACUCAUGGUAGAUGGCCAAAAGGCCUUGAUCGAUGCGUGUGAGGCCGAGGCAGUCCCUCGUUAUGUCGCCAGUGACUACAGCCUAGACUUCACCAAGCUGGAAUUUGGACAGCUUCCCGCCAAAGAUCCCAUGAAGCAUAUCCAGGCAUAUCUGAAGACGAAGAAAGUUCAAGGAGUCCAUGUGUUGAUUGGAAUUUUCAUGGAAACUUUCUUUAGCUCUCUCUUGGGCGUCUGGAAUGCUGAUCAGGCUUCAUUUUCCUACUGGGGCUCCGGCGAGGAGAUGUGGGAAUCUACCACCUAUGACAACGCGGCUCAAUUUGUUGCCGCCGUAACCCAAGACCCAACUGCAGUCGGCGUGCAGAGAUUUCUUGGUGAUCGCAAAAACAUCCGACAAAUCGCUGCUGCGUUUGAGGAGGAGUAUAAGGUGAAGCCGUGGCUGAACUAUCUCGGAUCUCUUGAAGAGCUCAAAACACAUAUGGAGAAGGUCAAGAAUCUUGACCCCAGCAAGUUUAUGGCAUGGAUUCCCUUGUUCUAUCAAUACUACUGCAACAAUGGGCAGACCUAUCUUACACCAGACGUGGAUUCCACUCAAUACCCCGAGAUCCCGCGUUUGACAUUCAACCAGUUCUUUCGACGCGUUCCCCAAGAGUCGCUCACAAAUGCUGCUUGGAGUGUUGGUUCCAAUGUCCCGCACUGA